AAGACGUAGAGUCACGCGCAUCUUAUUUUUUCGUGACACGGUGGGCUGUUCAACUUUAGUCCUUUAAAAAGCUCCCUGUGCGAAGAAAGACGGACAGACAGACGCAGAAAGACAGCGACAGACAGAGAAAGAGAGAGGGUGAGAGAGAGUGGGCAAAUCCACGGCACCAUGACGCACAGGUCAGCGCGUCUCCUGUAGUGAUGCUCCAUUGACUCAUUUAUCUAGAUCGAAGCAUAGCUCCUGCUAUGGACUCUCUCGGCGGUCUUCUCUUACGGAUAUCGGUGCUUCUGUACGGCUCCUGCGGCGUUCUGUCUCUCUUACCGGAAAUAACGGAACCGGAGUUCAUCCGCAGGUGUGUGCUGGCACAUAACGCGCAGCGCUCGCGCACCACUCCACCUGCGGCCAGCUCGCGCUCAAUGUCCUGGGAUAAUGGAUUGGCCAAGGGUGCAAGAGACCGAGCAAUACACUGUAAAGCCUCUCAUCACCCUGGGCUGGCACAUUUCGGGCACCCGCUGUUCGGGUGGAUGGGUGAGAACAUAUGGCUGGGGGCUCCGUUUUCAGCCUUCUCAGUGGAGAAUGCCAUACACGGAUGGAGCAGAAAAGGAGCUUACUCACUCAAAAAUAACAACUGCUCACGCUUGUGUGGCCACUAUGCACAGUUAAUGUGGUCUACAAGCUUUAAGCUGGGCUGUGCUGUAAAUGUGUGCAAUAAAGGAAUCGAAAACUUCUCCACUGACCCAGAAUCCACUAUUUUUGUGUGCAACUACGGAGACACGGGAAAUGUUCAUGGUGUAACUCCAAGUAUAGCAGGUGUGGCCUGCAGCGGUUGUGGGUCAGAGAUCUGCCGAGACAACGUCUGUAGAUAUGAUUGGUUCCCUGGGUGGGACUAUGGCCCUCCCUCUUCAUCCUACAGUAUUUCCUAUUGGCUGACUGAUCUUGGGCUGUGUAUACUAGGAGUUUGCUGGCUACUUCACUUUUAUGAAACACAUUAAUGUCAUCAUGUUAUCUAAUGUCUCGAAUUUGAACCUUAAAAUUUGCAUCUCUCCAUAAUUUCUUGGAUAUUAAAUUAGCAAACACUGAAAUAAUAAGAA